UGAGGGCGUGUCUUCGGUGGAAGAGCUCCAAGCCCACAGAUGCAGUCAAUUCGAACUUCAGCUGCCCACUGGUGUGUUGUGGGGUGUCGGUGACUUUUGUUAACAGAAGAUAAACAUUUACCCGACAAAACAACGGAUAACCCUCUUGUCACACCUCUCCGCAUCGGGACAACUGGAUUACAAAUUCUUCUAAAACGUUUUUCUUCACACAAAACCAGGAGACAAGACAUUGUCACAAAGUUUAAUGCCCAAAGACCUGCAUUUCGGCGAGGAUAAAGAGCUCAAGAUCACCCCGCUCGUGGCUUUCGCAGCGUUGACAGGCUAAGUGGCUCUCAAUAUGAUGACUUAAAAGCCAACAGACACCCCUGAUGACGGAGAGAAUGAUGGAGAAUGAGAAAGAGUGAGAGUGUAUCGACAGGCCAUAUUUAUCAACAGUGACCAGUGUUUUUCCAGGAAAUGGCAAAGUAUCAACCUGAGGGGGUUUAAGCCCCCCCCCCAUCUUCCCUCAACCAAAUGCCUCAUUCUCUUCAUCGCCUCAUGGACCUUGAGACCUGUAGAGUUCGGAGCUUUUGAUUGGACGUCUCAUCCAUCCAUCUCUGGGGACACAAUUGGCAGCGGGUGGGAGACAUCAGCAGGUCUGCGCCAUGCCGUGCUGAAAAGCCUUCGACAGACCCUCCCCAUCUUCCCCUCAUCAGCCACUCGAGAUGAGCAGCUCCGCGGCCACCCCGUGGCCCCUCCAGGUGGCCACGCUGUCCACCUUCCUCCUCCUCCUCGUCCUCUGUCAUCAACCCCUGGCCUUGGCGUCACCCUCCCCUUUCCCCAAGGACCUGGCGCCCCUCAACGUGGUGGGCCCGGAGCAGUCCUACCUCUACCCAGGCUUCCAGGGGCUGACCUCGGAUAACGAUACAGUGCGACUGGGCCUGGACUUCCAGCGGAUGCUGCGCAUUAACCACAUGCUCUACAUCGCAGCCAGAGACCAUGUUUUUGCAGUGAACCUCACCACCACCACAGAGCAGAUCGUCCCUCAGCAGCAGCUGACAUGGAGGUCGAAGGAUGUGAAGAUGUGCGCGGUGCGCGGGAGAAACAGCGACGAGUGCUAUAAUUACAUCAAAGUCUUGGUGCCCCGGAACGACGAGACUUUGUUUGCAUGCGGCACCAAUGCCUUCAACCCCGGCUGUCGCAAUUACAAGAUGGACACUCUGGAGCAGGUGGGAGAGGAGCUGGUGGGUCAGGCCCGCUGCCCGUUCGAGUCCCACCAGUCCAACGUGGGCAUUUUUGCAGGGGGGAACUUCUACUCAGCCACCAUGACUGACUUUCUGGCCAGCGACGCGGUCAUCUACCGCAGUCUUGGAGGAGAGGGCAGUCCGGUCCUCCGAACGGUCAAGUACGAUUCCAAGUGGCUCCGAGAACCUCGCUUCCUCCAUGCCAUCGAGUAUGGCAACUAUGUUUACUUCUUCUUCAGCGAGAUCGCAGUGGAGUACACCUCCCUUGGCAAGGUGGUGUUCUCGCGGGUGGCACGAGUGUGUAAGAACGACGGCGGUGGCUCACCACGGGUGCUAGACCGCUACUGGACGUCCUUCCUGAAGGCGCGGCUCAACUGCUCGCUGCCCGGGGACUCCUUCUUCUACUUCGACGUCAUGCAGUCACUGAGCAACGUGCUGCAGAUCAACCAGCGGCCAGCCGUCAUCGGCGUCUUCACCACACAGAUGAACAGUAUACCCGGCUCAGCUGUUUGUGCAUUCUACAUGGACGACAUCGAGAGGACCUUUAAUGGGAAGUUCAAGGAGCAGAAGACCAGCGAGUCAGCCUGGACACCAGUGGCCGAGGAACAGGUGCCCAAACCCAGGCCUGGCUCAUGUGCGGGAGACGGCCCGGCGGCCGCCUACACCUCGUCCACCAGCUUCCCCGACGACAUGCUGACCUUCAUCAAGUCUUACCCGCUGAUGGACGAGGCCGUGCCCUCGGUGGGUGAGCGGCCACUCUUCGUCCGCUCCGCCAGCAGGUACAAGUUGACCCAGAUGGCGGUGGACACAUCUGCCGGGCCUUAUAAGAACCGCACCGUGCUGUUCCUCGCCUCCGAGGACGGACACGUUCUCAAGGUCUUAGCGAGCACCGACCCCAACGCCACCUCUGGCUCCACACUCCUGGAGGACAUUGAUGUGUAUAACCCCUCCAAAUGUGAUGUCCAAGGGGACGACAGGAGGGUCCUGGGGCUUGAGCUGGAUAAGGAGCACCACGCCCUGUUCGUGGCCUUCUCCACCUGUGUCAUCCGAGUACCCCUCAGCCGUUGCAGGAACUACGGCACCUGCAAGAGGAGCUGUCUGGCCUCCCAGGACCCCUACUGCGUUUGGCUGAAGACGGGGAGCUGUGCCAGUGUGACGCCUGGCUUUAAGGCUGGAUUUGAGCAGGACAUCGAGGGCGACCACUCAAAGUACCCCGACACCUGUCACAAUGUGUUGGCUACUACUCGAAAUCAGAACUCCGCAGCAGACUCGGCUUAUGGUGUCAAGGGAGCCCCGGAGAUGGAUAAGGCCAGCCACAGUGUCCACUACACCCUCCUGAUCGCGUGCGUCCUGGUGGCCUUCGUGCUCGGCGCCUUCCUCUCGGCCUUUGUGGUCUCCUGCUACUGCAGCCACAGCGCCCACCGCCACGGCCAGCAGCUGGACAAGGAACCCGAGACACCCCUGCCCCACGCUCUCUCCCUGCGGAGCCUGGCCAAGCUCAACGGCCUGCUGGACACCCAGCCCGGCAAGAUGGACAGCAAGAUGGACAUCUCCUCGCCUAAGGUCUACAACUCCUACAUCCCCAACGGCAAGGAGCACUGCACCCCCGUCAGCCACGGUACCCCGGGGGCCGAGAGCCGGGACCUGAGCCUGCACCAGGGGGAGGACCUGUCGGGGCUGCCCACCCCAGACACGACUCCCGAGCUGCCCAUCAAGAGCAUGAAGGCCUUCCGGAACCAGUGGGAGCGCAAUCAGAACUGCAACAACGCCAAGGAGCCCAACGUGGCGUCCCUGGGCGGUGGCAGCGGCGGUGGCAGCAGCAGCAUGUCGUCCAGACCCUGCUCAGGGCUGACCCAGCAGGUGUACCCCUUUUCGCACAGCCUGCCCAACGGCCAGGGCCCCGGACUGUCCCUGCACCUGCCCGAGGAGCGGAAGAUCUCCAACGACGAGCGCGCCGCCAUGGCAGGAGCCACGGCCGCCCCGUCACCGGCCCAGCCCUACUCGCUGGGGCCGCAGUCGGUGGUGGACGUGUCCACGCUGGACGAGCUCCUGAAGCACAUCCACGAGGCCAACGCCAGCGGUGCGGGCGGCGGCAUCGCCGUGCUCACCUCCGCCCUCCUGCCCGGCGCGUCCAGCCCGGGCUUCUCGCUGCACCACGCGCAGAUCCCCGAGACGGAGACGGCGUCUUACUACAGCUCGUCCACGCUGCCCCGCGACGGGCUGACGCGGCGGCUGGACAUGCCUCCGGAGUCGCUGUCGUCCGGCGCGCACCCCUCGCACCCGCAGCUUCAGCAGCAGCAGCACUCGCACCACCACCAGCAGCAGCAGCAGCAGCAGCAGCUCCAGCAGCUGCAGCCCGUGCCGGAGCGGUCAGUGUCCCGGCAGCCGUCGCAGCGGCAGUCCCUGAUCCGUAUGGGCAGCAGUGCGGGAGCCGGGGGCGCCAUCCCCCGCCAGCGCAGCAGCAUGAGCCAGUGGCCGGCGGCGCAGCAGCGGCUAGUGCGGGUCAGCUCGGGUUCAGGCGGCGGCUACGAGAUUGGGGAGGCGAGCCGGCCGCUCAUCCCCGGCGCAGGUGGUGGAGGCGGCGGUACCUGCCUGACACGGCAGCACAGCUACAGCGAGCCGCCUCACAUGCACCGCGCUGCCAUGGUGAGGCGCACGGCCUCGCUCAAGCCCCAACUGCCGCCCAAACCCCUCCUGCUACCCGCCUCCUCGCCCCUCGGCCAGCAGGGCAAGUUCAACUACUGACCGCCCCCCACUCCCCCCUGCUCAAGGACCAACCUAGCGUCCUCUCCUCUCCCCCCUUCUGUCCAAGGAUGCACACCACGGAGCUGUACAGAAAUUAAUGGUUGACUCUCGCUCCAGUGCAAUCCUCACACUGACUGAUCCUCUGGGACUCCGAGUCAUGCUUGGCAGAGAGAAGAGAGACACUCCAAAGCAUCUCUCCCUUAUGGCAGCUUGGCCAACGACCAAGAUGUCUCUGCGCUAUGAAGGAGAUUCAAGCCCCUGUCAGUGCUUAACCUGCAAGAAAAUGAAUGUUUUUUUUUUGUACCAUAUUGGUAUUGGUUAUCACAGUCCACACCGAGGAUCAGGAUCAGGGACGGAAGGUCACACACAGAUCAAGGCGCUGUGCUAAGUCGGGCGUUGCGCUCAUCGGUCGUCUUUCCCAAGAGGCCCUGGAAUGUAAAACCACAACCUUUGCGUCCUCUUGGGCUUUUGUCUAAUGCUAAGCAGCAGACGAGACCACAUUCGGAAUCAAUACACAGCCACUGUCACGGUUCCUUGUGCAACUUUGUUACACACUGCAUACUGCAUAUGUGUAAAGACAAGAGUAUACUGAAUGUGUGAGAAGUACAACGACAUCAGUCCAUGUGCAUUAACUCUACAAAGCAGCUGUGUAAGCGUUGAACAAGUGGACUCGGCCUGCCCUUUAUGCUGUCCUGGAGGAAGGAAGACCCUCAGAAAUGCCCGUCCAGCCACAGAUAGACUCUUUCGAUGGUAUUCAGCAAUAACCCAGCAACCGAUGAACAACACACAUCCACAACCUCUCAAUCCUGCAGUCACAUGCCUUCAAGAGAGGCUCCUAACAGUUAAUAACUGUAAUCUAACCAGAACAGUUGGGAUGGUAAUGCCAGCUGGACAGAGUGGGUCUUCACCAUGAUGCUUUGUCAGUGCAGGCCCAGCUUCAGUCAGUUUGCAGUAGUACACAGAGAAAGCUUGAGAAAGAGAGAGGGAGGUUUUCCUUUGAAUUUGGUCUGUGCAGAUAGCAGUAGAGCACAGCUCAUGACGACCUGGGUAAGAAACCGCCCCCUCCCCAAGCUAUUGUUGCUCAUGGUUAUGUGCACAGUUGGCUGAAGUUCCCUACACUCUGCUCUUGUAGAGGUACCACAGUACCCCCUGGUGGACUGAAACAGCAACACAGCCCAGUACAGCAACACGCUAGAAGUUUUGCCUGUGUUACACCCCUAGUCAUAACUGUACCAUUGCUAUAUAUUUUGUGAACAAAUAGUGUACAUAAAGAUUCUGUGUAAUAACUACUAGCCAAACAUUUCUGUAUGUGUAAAUGUGUGCCUUAUUUAAUAUUAUGUGAUAAUGGAAAAGGGCAAUGAGUAUGUGUUUGCAUAAUGGGCACUGCUAUGUUUUCUUAGUCCUCUCCUCUCCUCCCCAAAUUCCCAAAGCAGUGUGUUAAGGCUGUUGUGUUAGCACUUUAUAUGACACCAUCUUAGAAUAUUACACCUGCAAAAUGUUGACCAACAAUGUAGGGGUAUGAUGUGAGCAUUCAGGGCAGUGUUGGUCUGAGUCGGAAUGCAUGAGUUCAAGUAUUGAGGUGUUCAACGAAGUGAAACCACAGUUCAUUUUAAAGUUUCAUUCUAUACAGUGUUGUCCCCUUGUCUUAUUCCCAUUUAGUAUUUUAUGUUUAUAUUGUUUGUAAAAAAAAUCCACUUAGUCACAGAGGAAACCAAUAGCAUGCACAGGGGUGUAGUCCACACUGGUAUUGAAAAAUGGUCAUAAAGUCGUCAUAUUAA